CGAAGCGCGGGCGCACUUGAAUGCGCGACGCACCGAAGCGCGCACGCGCGGAUCUCGACUCGAAGGAACAGUGUAGUUCGCGAAAAUAAUGAUGCUCGCCGGGGCGCAGAUUGUUGACGAAAACAGUGUGGCGUUUACGUCGGGGAACAUGGGGACUGCUGGGGGAAGUCCCCCAGUGCUUCCAGCCCAGGGAUCCUCCAAGGAAGCCCAGCCGGUGGCCCAGGCUGCCCCAGCACAGGGACUGCACAUGAUCCCGAAACAGGAACCAGUGGACAUACAUUUCAGCAACAUCACAUGCACAGUCAAACUAGGAAUAACUAAAGGCAGCAAACAAAUUCUCCAUGGCGUCCACGGCCGCCUUCGACCUCGUCAGCUCAUCGCCAUCAUGGGACCCUCAGGGGCGGGCAAGUCCACCCUACUGGAUGUGCUGUCGGGAUACCGUAUCACUGGAGUGGGGGGUGCUGUCUUCAUCAAUGGAAGAGGGAGGAUAAUGAAGAGGUUCAAGAGGAUGUCCUGUUACAUCCAACAGGACGACAGGUUACAAGGCUUGCUGACCGUGGGAGAGAACAUGAAACUAGCCGCUGAUCUCAAGCUGCCGACCAACUUAGACAAAUACGAGAAGGGAGAAGUUAUCGAGGAUAUCCUAACAAACUUAGGUUUGUAUGAGCACAUGAACACGCGAGGCGCACAGCUGUCAGGUGGUCAGAGAAAGAGGCUCUCUAUCGCGCUGGAGCUCAUCAACAACCCACUGAUCAUGUUCCUGGAUGAGCCUACCACAGGUCUAGACAGCUCCUCAUGCACACAAGUGGUCCAGCUUUGCCGGAGCCUAGCGCACCAAGGUCGGACCAUCGUGUGCACGGUCCAUCAGCCAUCAGCCUCACUGUUCGCACUAUUCGACCAAGUAUACGUGCUGGCAGCUGGAAGGUGCAUGUACCAGGGCACCACUAAGAACUUGGUGCCUUAUUUGGAGCAGGGUGGAAUUCCUUGUCCGAUUUACCACAACCCUGCUGAUUAUAUAAUCGAGUUAUCAUGUGGAGAAUACGGGCAAGACAAAAUAGACCUGAUGGCCAAUAAAUCCGAGAACGGGCGAGCCUUAGACUGGUUGGAUGAUCACCAGAAUAUUCCAACGAUGGAAGGUCUUCGUAAGCUGCUGCCACUGAGUGUGCUGAGAGACACGGAACCAACAGGAGGUGAUGAGGAAACCAGCCAGUCUAAUCAGCUCAGAGUAUUGAUCAAGAGAGGCUUUAUGAAGGCUAAGAGGGAUGCGACGAUGACCCACUUGCGUCUGAUCGUGAACGUGGUGGUAGGCAUAAUGUUGGGGAGCCUGUUCAUCAACGCUGGCAACGAGGGCUCUCGUGUCAUAGAGAACUACAACCUGCUGUUCGCGAUACUUAUGCACCAUAUGAUGUCUCCUAUGAUGUUGACUAUCCUUACUUUCCCCAAUGAGAUGUCGAUAUUGUCCAAAGAGCACUUCAAUAGAUGGUACUCCUUAGGAUCAUUUUACACGUCUAUAACGAUCGUCGAUCUACCUGUAUCGAUAGUAGGCUGCGCAGUGUUCAGCGUGAUAGUGUACACGAUGUCGUCACAGCCGCUGGACAUCGUGCGCUUCUCCAUGUUCUUCUCCAUCUCGCUGUAUACCGUGCUCGUGGCACAGAGCUUCGGCCUCAUGAUCGGUGCUGUGUUUAGUGUUGUUAACGGCACAUUCUUAGGCCCAACGCUGUCAGUACCGAUGAUGAUGUUCGCUGGUUUUGGAGUCACCCUCAGAGACUUGCCAGCCUAUCUCCGCUGGGGUUCCUAUGUGUCGUACCUGAGGUAUGGCCUGGAAGGGUUCAUCGGUGCCAUCUACGGCCUCAAUAGGCCUAUCCUGGACUGCAAUGAGGCCUUGUAUUGCCAUUACAAGCAUCCACGAACCUUCCUCAACGAGGUAGCCAUGUCUCCCGACCAGUUCUGGUGGGAUGUCCUCGCUCUGUCCGUCUUCGUGGUAGUCCUCAGGAUCGCAGCCUUCGUGCUCCUCAAGUGGAAACUGGAUGCCGUGCGGUAAACAUCGUCAAGACAUGAUGAGGAAAGUUCUGGGAGUUUGUAGUUUUAAGUCGUAAGAGAAAUUGGCUGUUUGACUGUUAAACAAAAAGCUUGAUAGGAAAUUAAUUUUGUUUGAUACAGCGAGAAAAUCAUUCGUUCAAAAUGUGCGCUUACGCAUCUAUAUGUCGAUUCGUGACAAAAUUUCAGUAAAUAUUAUAUGACAUAAGGUCAAGUUAAAACUGUGUCAUAUUAAAUAUUAUAGUGUCAAAAAUAAACAGAGCUGUGAUAAGUUUCCAAAAUAUUUCGAUUCUUUUCAGUUAUUUAACCGUAAUUUCUUAUUUUUCAUGCAAACACAUUUCUGUUCUUUUCUUCUUUAUUUAUAUUUUUUAAAUUAAAGGCUGAGCGGUCUUUUGUAUGAGAGCAUUUUAUGACGUAAAACUUUAUAAUUUUGUAGCUUUUGGAUGAUAAUUAGCUUCCAAUCAAAGGGUGAUUAUUAAAUGAAUAUAUUUUUGUAAUUGAAAGUAUAAGAUUAAAAUUGAACAUCAGUUUAUCCUCUUGCAUACAUAAAAUUGAAUUUGCUUGAAGCUAUUGACGUCGACUGACAAAAUUUUUGUAGGACGUCCAUACGAUUCCCAUUAAAUCUUUCCUAAUCAUAAUAGGGUAAUAUUAGUGGAUAAAUGUAAUAUUGUUGUAUGACAUGAUAUCGUACCUACCAGUUUGUAGGAAACAUAUGUACACAAAUGUUUUGUGUUAGUUUACUUGCCUAUGUUAGUUGCUCAAUUAGGUAUUUAUUUGUAACUAGACGUAGAUAUAUAAACUUAUAGGCUGUACUGAACUAUUAUAUAUGUAGGUAGAACUAAGAAUAUAAAUGGUGAUAAUUUUUGUAAAUAUGUUUUUUGUAACAUUAAACUUUUUAAUUUUGGUA